AUGAAGAAGACAAGCUUUGAUUUCUCCGCAUCUGAGGAGAACAAAGAAAAGGUUUUGAACCAUAACGGGACGAAAGAGGUCGGAUUGAUCCGGAAGAACUGGUCCGGGCUCCUCAAGGAGGCCUUCACCGAUGCGGACAAUUUCACCGUUGUCUUUCCCAUCGACUUGGAUGUCCGCCUCAAGGCGCUUUUCAUCGGGACGCUCUUCCUCCUCGACUUCAUGCUGUACCAGAAGAACAGCGGAACGGACUAACCGUAAUCGGGGAGAGCCAGCUUCGACGAAAACCAGCUUUGGCCUUCGAGAACCACCUUCUUCAUCACGAUCACCGUUACGACCACCAUCUUGAUGUUUCUUUUUUAAGUUGACCUUGUAUCAGAUGCCAAUUUCCUCACGUGCACUCGUGCCUCAUUUUAUGAUGUGCAAAUUGCAGAAUCUCAUGCAAUAUUUGGGUAGGUAUGUCGAGUGCCUUAUGGGACGUGAUUCGCAUCGGCCGGCAAUUUGCUCGCAAUGGUGCAAAUAAUGCUAUUUCUGCAAAACCUUUGAGUGGAGUCGGAAUUGCUCGGGCUUCGCGAAAUUCUGGUCCCACUUCUCAAAGAUCGCUUUCCGAGCAAUAUUUUUUUUUUGCAGGGUGAAUUUGGCAUCGAGGUCAGGCACUCUUCUGUAAGAACGCACAAUUCCUAUUCCUUCCGGUCCAAGGAAUUUGGCAGUCGGCCAUGUCUUGUGCGGAAUAGCUGCAAAAAUCCAAAUUUCGGCAAUUCCUCAUGUUUUCGCAAAAUGAAGAUAAUUUCAUGCCUUUUUCCUCUGAUGCAACGAACCCAAAGAGAAAAUUUGGAAAAUUUUCAUCGAAUGGCAAAUUCUUAGGACGAAAAGGAAAAUUUCAGGUGGAUAUCGCACAAUCGCAAUAAAAUGAGUCUGAACUUCAAUACCAUGCCAAAUUCGCACUGCAAAUCCGUUUCCCUUGGCCGGAUGUGGUCCAUCGAAUAGUUGUCUCUUCGUAGCAUCUUGAGAAUAAUAUUAUUUAUAUAUAUGAUACACAUCGUUAUAAUAUUGUGGGUCUAGAGUGUGCACCUUGCACUGCAUCAGGAAAUGUCGUGGUUUAAUUCGAAAUGUUUCUUGAUUUAUAAUUCAAAUGCAUUGUCACGGGGGAAUAUUGUACAAGUUCGCACAAAUUCUGCUUCAAAUUAAAGUCUGUUGAAAGAAAAAUCUCGCGGACAUAUAAAUAUAUAUAUAUAUAUAUAUAUUUUUUUUAGCUAUAUAUUUUCUGUGGUAUGCUUUGCCACAAGCACAACUUCGUGUUCCAAAUUGCCUCUGUUCGAGAAAGGUGUACUUUUGGGAGGGAAAAUAUGCUUUAAGAGAUGUACCAUAUAUUGGGGAAGAUAUGUCAAACAGUGCGGAGGGUGUAUCAAACAUUGGGGGAGAUGUAUCAAACAACGUCAUCGAAGGCCCGUAAUCCAGUUCGAGGAGACAUAUCGGCACUUUGAAACGCAGGGUGUUCCCGCUUCGAACGCAACCCGCUGAAACCGCUGCCGAAAGUGAGAGAAUCGGUACGAAAGUCCGAAAUGCGAUACAUACCUUCACAUCUGACCCAACUCCUCCCAUCAGAUAAUUUCAAACAACAAUUCGCAUCCUUGGUUGCAGCCGUGUGUUACAUGCAUGUUUAAAGUACACGUGAAUUCCACAUUUAUUCUCUCAGUUUAAAAAAAAGUUCGGAUGAGUUGCGUCGCUCUGUACAUGCAAG